AUGCCCAACCUGGUUCCGCCAGUCACUACGACCCCCAUGGCGCUGGCGUAUCGGGAGCGCAUCCGUGCAGCCGCCCCGUCCGCCUCCAGCUUCCAACCCCUCAUGACACUCUACCUGACCGACAACACCAGCGUGGAGGAGGUGGAGCGCGCGGCCGAGGCGGGCGUGGUGGCCUUCAAGCUCUACCCCGCCGGCGCCACAACCAACAGCGCCUCCGGGGUGACAGACCCAGACCUGUGCCUGCCGGCGCUUCGCGCCAUGGCCAAGGCGAAGAUCGUGCUGGCAGUGCAUGGCGAGGUCACAGACCCCGCCGUCGACUUCUUCGACAGGGAAGCGGUCUUCAUAGAGCGCGUCCUGCGGCCCCUCCUCGAUAAGGUCCCAGACCUCAAAGUGGUGAUGGAGCACAUCACGACCCGCCAGGCUGCCGACUUUGUGGCCGAGCACGCCGGCACCGGGCGCCUGGCCGCCAGCCUGACCCCCCAGCACAUGCUGCUGAACCGCAACGCCCUGUUCCAGGGUGGGCUGCGGCCCCACGCCUUCUGCCUGCCCAUCCUGAAGCGGGAGGAGCACCGCCAGGCCGUGCUGGCGGCGGCCUGCAGCGGGAGCCCGGCCUUCUUCCUGGGCACCGACUCCGCGCCCCACCCAAAGCACGCCAAGGAGUCGGCGUGCGGGUGUGCGGGAAUAUACAGCGCCCCCGUGGCACUCGGCCUGUACGCCGCCGCGUUCGAGGGCGCGGGGCGGCUGGACCGGCUGGAAGGGUUUGCCUCGCUCCAUGGACCCGACUUUUAUGGACUGCCGAGGAACGCUGACACCGUGACCCUGGUUCGGGAACCCUGGCAGGUUCCCGCCUCCUACCAGUUUGGAGAGGGGGAGGUGGUGCCCAUGUGGGCCAAUCAGGUCUGUGACUGGAGGGUGGCGAGCCCCGCCUGA